GUUCAUCUCAUUAGGAACACAGCGGCAGCCUCCCCCUCCUCCUCCUGCUCAGCAACUCCAGCAUCCGGUACGAGAAGUGUCGGGUUUCAAUGAGUUGCUUGUAUUUCGUAUUUCCGGAUACAAAGGAAUAACACGCACAACGAUACGGGCUGAUUGAGUUUGGGUAUUUGACAACAAACGCUAAGUACAAUGAACUCCGGAGUUUAUUUGGCGUGUCUGGUAGGUGUGAUGGCUGCUGUGGUACAGUCCCAGACAGUAUGGGACGUGGUGUCCUUUCCCGACCCUCGCUAUGAACCCACCAGAUGUGGACGUCACUCAGAGGUCACCGAGUCCUGGAUCUGUGACCCCAACAACAUCAUCUCCUCGGAUGAUGCGACCGCUAUAGAUGCCCUGCUGAAGAUGACAGAGAGAACCACCACAUGUGGCUGCCAGUCGUGUCGAACUGACAACAAUGGAUACGUCAUCAUGGUGGCACUCAUGCCACAAAUGAAACGAAUCAUUAAUGACUCCAACAGCAUGGACAGUAUCUUACAGGACGCCCGGGUGUAUUCCUACUAUCUGUCGCUGUAUUGGGAUUUUACGUCAUGCGACCAACAAGUCAUCAUCCUCUACGAUCAGCACCAUGACGUCGUGUACACACUUACCCAAAGAGACGCCAGGAGAACUCUAACGGAUAGUCUUGUUUCUGCAAUAACCUUGGAAAACAGAAGUUUUUUUGACGUAAACAAAAAGGCUUCGAUAGCACAGGGUCUGAAGAACAUGAUUCAGCGUUAUAGGUACUACCUAAGCCAGCCUGGCAAUACACCAAGGCCACCAAGGCCACUCUGAACACGUCUACGUUACACAGUAUAGACAGUCUGAUCAGUUUGCAACGUUAUCAGUCAGACAGUUUGAUUCAUUUCCAACUUUAUAUGCAAAUGUAACAAUAUCUAUUUCUAUCAGUUCAGAACUGGGAGUUGUUUCCGUGUUUAUCGAAAAACUCCUUUUCCCGAUAUAAAUCGUAGAUUUAUUCAAAUUGAUUGUAGAAAUACUAAAUUGACGCCUCAUUGUCUCUCUUUCCUAGACCACCAGUGAAAGAGAUCAGCUGUACCAUGUGUGUGAUUACCCGGAACUGGGUGUUCGUGUUCUUAAUUAUUUAAUAAUGAUAUUUAAAACAUGAAUAGAUGUUUAAAUGUGUGUUUUUCGUUUUUUAUAAUAAGUAACGAAAUUACCAUUGUACCAGACAUUUAGACUUGUGCUUCCUUGCGGGGCAUUUGUGCGUAUGUCUGACAUUAUUUAUAGCCUUGCGCUCGAAUUCGAAAAAAAAAAAAACGAAAGUAUUGAAGAUCAGCAUGCUUGUUUUCAAAACGACUACAUGUAUAUCCAAGCUUUAUUCGGGCGAAAGUAAAAAAAAAAGGGAAGCGUAGUGAAACAAGCCAAAGGGAUCGCCACUGGUUUUUUUCUUUGUCGUCGCCAAAGAUUUUGAGACACUUGUCAUGUUAUCUAUAAACUUAUACAGUAAAUUUAUGUUUGUAAAUACAAUGAUAAGAAGUUAUUUGUACGAAUACAUCAGUGUCUGUUGGUGAAUAACGAUUGUCAAUAUGGCGAGGUAAUGUUACAUAGUUAAAUGUUUAACGGUGUGUGUAUGAUGUCAAAUUGACACCGAUUAGUGUUCCGAUAAUUAAUUUCAAAUCGUGUGAGUAGCUAAUGUCAUACAUUGUAUGUGUUAAAGAUAUAAUGUUAACCAUGUUGAUAUAUAUACAAAUCAUACCAUUAAAAGACUUGUCACUAAUUUAAAAUCGA